AUGCACGACUCGAAGUCUCGCGACAAGCCACUUGUGAGGAGAUCCCCGUUAUUCCCACUGCUUCUUGUUAUGGUUAUAGCAGCAAUAGUGCAGCCAUUCGCUGUACACGCAGCGGACAACGAAUACGAGGAGAUAUCAGAGGACGUCAGCGAUCUUUGUGAAUCUGUUGAGCUGGGUGAUGGUACAUAUUACCUUGUUGCGGCGUACAAGGGGAAUGCGGUCGCGUUGGCCAGCACUCGGUCCGGUUCAAAACAACCUUAUGUCGGUUGUGAAGCAGUGCAGCGCCCUAUCUAUCGAUCAUUUGAGGGGAGGUUUGUGGUGGAGAGCACGUGCGGCCGCUCGACUGUGCGAUUCUAUUUUAAAGACCAUCACGGUGCAUCGGACUUUGCUGUGCAGUGGGGUGGCGUCACUACGGUUGAGAUUGUUGAGGAGUACAUUUCGAAGUCGCCUGUAUUCGAUUCUCCUGCACUUGGGGAUGGGCUGAAACUCGUCAAAGCUGCGGUUGAUUACUCACCGGAACACUUCUUUGCUACUGGGCGCAGAUUGGAGUUUACUGUUGGGGGGAAGCCUGAGAGGUUAGCCUUACGAUGUGAUCGCGUUCGGGAGCAGGGGAGUUCAAAGAGAGGCUAUUCUGUUGACGAAGUGAGUUCGUUGUUCACUGUGAAGGUGGCGUGCAUGGAUGAGAAUAAAGCAAAGAUGACUUUGAAUAUUCCUUUUGAAAAGAAUUAUGUGGCGAGUGACUUUGCUGCUAACUGGGGCUAUUUCACUCACGCUAUACGAGUCAACAGCAGUGCGGCGAAUCCUGAGAUUGAGGGCAUGCGAGUUGAACUUAACCUUGAUUCGAAGAGGCCUCGGGAACGCCUUAUUACAUACAAUUCGGUGAGAUAUACGUGUGGUGCGGUAUACGUUGCUGAUGGGAGUGAUGAAGGCGGCGGCGGUUUUUCGAUGAAGGCCGACUGUGCGCAGAUCGGCGUGUGGGAACGCGGCGAAGUAGAGUUCAAGCUUAGAAAUGUUCGGGAGGGACGGCGUAUUGCCUAUGAGCUCGGCGGUUACCGAGGGGUCCGUGAUGAAUUAUUGACGAAGAUUAAAGAUGGUAGAGUGUUUGGUGAGAAGAGUGGUAUUGCUAAGGUGACCAGAGCCUCUGGGGAGGUCAGUCUAGCAGACACGGAGAACACUAUCAAACAAAGGCUCGAGGUAAGCCUAUGGAGAACCAUGUCUCUUUGA